AUGGCUUUCCUAACUUUGACUUCAGACAUCCAAGAACCGUUUGUCAUCCCAGGGCUAUCGCCAGUAUCACAGCCAUCUACCAGAAAGAACUCAAGUGCGAGUGUCACUGAUCUGGAGGUCGCAAUGGCUUUUGCCACGGCUAAUGCUGCCUCUACCGGAAGAAAAAACUCCAUCACGCUGCUGUAG